GCCAUUGAAUUGAACCUCUUUUAACUAAAGAUAAGAUGAUGAUGAAGAAGACUACAGAAGAUCAUGGCAAAUUGGUUUAUGAUUCUUCUCUGGAUUACAAAGGAAGGGUUCCUCUUCGAUCUUCAACCGGCUUAUGGAAAGCUUCUCUCUUUGUCUUAGCGAUCGAGUUCAGUGAGAGGCUGAGCUAUUUUGCUCUAUCAGCAAAUCUCAUCACAUAUUUGAGCAAAGUGAUGCAUCAGGAUCUUCAAACUGCGGUCAAGAAUGUCAACUACUGGGCUGGAGUAACAACCGUCGCGCCUCUCCUCGGAGGUUUCCUAGCCGACUCAUACACCGGUCGCUUUCCCAUGAUCAUAAUCUCCUCCAUAAUCUAUCUUAUGGGCUUAUGUCUACUGACUAUGGGAGAAUUAGUUCCGAGAAUAAAGCCAUGUGGCAGCCUACAAACAGAGGACUGCUCGGACCAAAACCACAAAGUGGCUUUCUUUCUUGCCAUUUACUCCAUCUCCCUAGGGACAGGUGGGUUCAAGCCCUGUCUCGAGAGCUUUGGAGCUGAUCAGUUCGAUGAUGACGACGCUAGCGAGAGGAAGCAGAAGAUGUCCUACUUCAAUUGGUGGAGCUCUGCCCUUUGCUGCGGGAUGCUCCUCGGAGUGACCACUAUAGUCUACUUGCAAGACUAUGUCAGCUGGGGUGUUGCCAAUCUUGUCCUUACUUUCUCAAUGGCAGUUACUUUCCUUGUGUUUUGUGUUGGAAGGAAAUUUUAUAGGUACAGAACUGCACAAGGGAGUCCAUUAAUACCUAUGCUUCAAGUCAUUGUUGCUGCUUUUGCAAAGAGGAAGCUUUCUUUGCCUUCGACUCCAACUUUGUUGUAUGAGGAGGAACUGGAAUCCCAUGGAAGGAACCUUUCUCAUACAGAUCAUCUUAGAUUUCUAGACAAAGCUGCGAUAAUAGAAGGGGAGACGAUAAACUCCUCCCCGUGGAGAUUAGCGACAGUGACCCAAGUUGAAGAACUGAAACUUCUACUCAACAUGAUCCCAGUUUGGUUAUCUUCGUUAGCAUUCGGGUUGACAAUGGCACAAUCCCCGACGUUCUUCGUCAAACAGAGUAGUACAAUGGACAGAAAAAUAAGUACUUCUUUCACGAUCCCAUCAGCCUCAGUCAAUGCAAUCUUGGCCAUCGGAAUGAUUACAUCGAUUCUCAUCUACGACAAAGUCCUUGUUCCGACUCUGAGGAAAGCGACUGGAAACGAGAGAGGAAUAAACAUCCUAAAAAGGGUGGGAAUAGGAAUGGCGUUUUCUGUUCUCACCAUGGUCAUAGCGGCUUUGGUAGAAAGGAAGAGGUUGAGAGCGGCGGAACCGAGCACGGUUAGCGUGUUCUGGCUGGCACCGCAGCUUGUCGUGAUGGGAAUUGGAGACAGUUUGACACUUGUCGGUUUGCAGGAGUUUUUCUACGAUCAAGUUCCUGACAGGAUGAGAAGCAUGGGAAUGGCCUUCUUCUUGAGUGUGAUUGGGAUUGGGAGUUUCUUGAGCAGCCUUCUGAUAACAAUAGUGGAUCAUGUCACAAAACAGAAUGGGAAGAAGGAUAGUUGGUUUGGAAAGAAUCUAAAGGAUAGCCGUUUGGAUAAGUUUUACUGGCUUCUGGCUGUUAUCAGUAGUUUGAACUUGUGUGUUUUUCUGUGUGUGGCUAAGAGGUACACUUACAAGAAUGUAAAGAGAAGUUUGACUGUUGAUAUCUAAACAUUAUCUAUGUAAUCUGAACCAGUCACUCUCAUUUCUAA